AUGAUGGAGUGCUGCAAGAAAGUCUCCGAAGAUGAGGCCCAUGAGCUUGUUCCUGGAAAGGGCCCCAUAAGGGUGAGAGUCAUCUUUGAAAUGCCCAUGGAAACUCGUGAUUGGCCUGGAGAUUUUAUGUUGGGCCUGCUAGUAAAGAACGAGACUCAGGACAAGUCGGUCAAGACAUCAAUCGUCAAAGCGCAAAAGUACGGCUGGCACGACAGAGCCAUCCUCGACGAUUACAUUCCACAAGAUGGAAUCAACGUGUACGUUUACAACAAGGAUAAAGGGGGCAUCGACGACGGGUACGUCGCAAAAAUCGAGGUUCCUGUCGAGAAGUUUCAGGAGGUGUUGUCGCCUGAGUUGAUGAACGCAGAUGGUGACAAGCAUAAUGUGAUGGUUCUAUGUAGUGUCAAGAUCCGGUUCAGUGCCGGCGAGUGGAUGAGGGAAAUCAGCGCCUCUGCACAGUUGAUUGACAAAGGAGCCGAGCUCUUUGUUCCCGGACAGCCCGUGCUGGAGAAGGAUUCGGACAGUUGA